CUUAACCACCACAUCUCCGAACCGCCAGAAAUGUUCAAAAAUCAGUUAUGAAGCUUCUUCUCUCUAGCCAACGCCAUUACAGCACGCUUGCUUCUCUAAAUCUCAAAACUUUCGAAAAUCCACAAUCGAAAGCAUACAAAAUCAUCCAGUACUGCAAAUCCGGUUCGCUUUUUGAAGCAAUUCACGUCCUAAACUCCAUAGACUGGACAAGACUCUCCAACAAACCAUUCUUUUAUGCUUCUCUCUUGCAAACUUGUACUAAAGCUGUCUCCUUUACUCACGGUAUCCAAUUCCAUUCUCAUGCUAUAAAAUCUGGUCUUGAUACUGAUAGGUUUGUGGGGAAUAGCUUGCUUGCACUUUAUUUCAAGCUGGGCCCUAAUCUUUUUGAGGCAAGAAGGGUUUUUGAUGGGUUGUUUUAUAAAGAUUUGAUUUCUUGGACUUCAAUGAUAACUGGUUAUGUUAAGGUAGAAAAACCAAAGAAGUCUCUUGAAUUAUUUUUGGAAAUGUUGGGUCUUGGUAUUGAGCCAAAUGGGUUCACUUUAUCUGCUGUGAUAAAGGCGUGUUCGGGACUUGGGGACUUAAGGCUUGGUAAAUGCUUUCAUGGGGUUGUUAUGGUUCGUGGGUUUGAUUUGAAUGAUGUUAUUUCUACUGCUUUGAUUGAUAUGUAUGGAAGGAAUUCUGCGGUGGAUGAUGCGAUCCUGGUGUUUGUUGAAUUGCCUCAACCAGAUGCUAUUUGUUGGACCUCGAUCAUUGCAGCUUUUACGAGGAACGAUGUGUAUGAUAAAGCUUUGGGAUUCUUUUAUUCGAUGUGUAGGAAACAUGGGUUGUCGCCUGAUGGGUUUACGUUUGGGACGGUUUUGACUGCUUGUGGUAAUUUAGGGAGGUUGAAGCAAGGUAAAGAAGUGCAUGCUAAGGUGAUUACAUCAGGAUUGAGUGGAAAUGUUUUUGUUGAGAGCAGCCUUGUUGACAUGUAUGGGAAAUGUAGGUUGGUUAACCAAUCUCAAUGUGUUUUUGAUAGAAUGAGUGUAAAGAAUUUGGUUUCUUGGACUGCAUUGUUAGGGGGAUAUUGUCAAAAUGGUGACUUUGAAUCUGUUAUUAAGAUUUUUAGAGAAGGGAAAAAGGUUGAUACCUAUAGUUUUGGAACUGUUCUUCGUGCUUGUGCAGGUUUGGCAGCUGUAAGACAAGGGAAAGAGGUUCACUGCCAGUAUGUGAAAAGGUGUUGUUGGCGAGAUGUGGUCACAGAAUCAGCAUUAGUUGAUCUUUAUGCAAAAUGUGGUUGUAUUGAUUUUGCAUACAGAAUUUUUGUGCGGAUGUCAGUUAGAAAUUUGAUAACUUGGAACUCGAUGAUUUAUGGCUUUGCCCAGAAUGGAAGAGGUGGAGAAGUUUUUCAAUUAUUUGAUGAGAUGAUUGAAGAGGGGAUUAGGCCUGAUUAUAUUAGUUUUGUUGGGGUUCUCUUUGCUUGUAGUCAUGCUGGUUUGGUUGACCAAGGGAAGAAAUAUUUUGCCGCAAUGACUGAGGUAUAUGAAAUUAAACCAGGAAUUGAGCAUUACAAUUGCAUGAUUGAUCUUCUAGGCCGUGCUGGUUUGCUAGAAGAAGCAGAAAAAUUGAUAGAGUACGCAAAUUGCAGAGAUGAGCCAUCUCUUUGGACAGUUCUUCUUGGUGCUUGUGCAGCCAGUCCACACUCUGCUACUGCAGAGCGCAUUGCAAAGAAAGCAAUGGAAUUGAAACCUGACCACCACCUCAGCUAUGUAUAUUUAGCUAAUGUCUAUAGAGCAGUUGGCCGAUGGGAUGAUGCUGUUAAAAUUCGGAAUUUAAUGACGAAGAGAGGUGUUGGCAAAAUGCCAGGCACAAGUUGGAUCGAGACUUAAACAGUAAUAUUUGUUAAUAUCUAGAUAACAGUCUCAGGUGAAAAGAAUCUUCUAUGUAUAUCAUCUUAGCAAUUUUGAAGGCUGAAGAAAAGCUUGAAGUUCUCAAGAUAUCCAGAAUCACAGAAGACAUGCAGGUCCAAAAAUCAAGAGCGAUGAAACCAGAUGCAGACUACGGACACCGAUUUUUCUGCAAUAGCUGUCCUUGACCACCGAAUUGGAACGCUUCCAGUCAUUUGGCAUACUAGAAGAUUUCCUGUCAAUGUCUUGGUUAAAAUGAGUACUCGGAAAGUUGUCAGCACAGAAUCUCCUGCAAUGAGAUGAGAAGACACCAAAAUUUUGUUCAUGGGAACUUCUCAACCUAAACGAAAACUUCCUCUGCUGUCAUGCCCUUUUUGUAAUACAAUCACCAUCAGGAAUUAAACAAAUGACACCAAGUUAUUUUCCAUGUUUAAUUCCUGGGAGCCAUUAUGACAACCAAGUCCUGUAAAUUUCUUCUUUUUUUUUUAUCUCCGAGAAAUACAAUUGAAUAAAAAAGGUGUGCGGUCUUUGCACUUAAUUGAA